AAUCCGGCCGAGCUCGGCAAGGACUCCAGAAGCCGGUCUCGCACCUGCGUCAGCGUGGGAGCGUCCACACGACGUUCCCGGACCCAGGCUGGUUCUCUCGCGAGUAGCCCUGGUCGACUGUGGGCACCAGAGGUCAACUGCACCCUUCCCGGCCAUCGACGUAACGUCCGCACAGCACGUAACCUUUAACCACUGCAGCAGCACUCAGAGGCGCGAAAUCAGCAGAGGCCCGACAGAGCAGCGCGCUGAAGUACGAAGGCCAAGAGACCCUCGCCGACCGACAAAAGGCGACCUCUCUAUAGCCGCACAGGGUGACCCACAAACGAGAAACAACCAGGAAACUGUAGCCGCUCCCUGACGAUCUGGCUGGCACCGUUAAACUGCCAAGGUAACAAGGACGUAGAGGACUUUCUCUUCAUUGCUAUGCGGGCAAAAUUAUCCUGUCUGCAAAUCCAGUGAGGACACGCCAUAUCAGGGCGCACAGCGUGGAACAAAACUACGCGCUGUAAGUGAUAAUGAACACGUUGCAUCGGAGGCCAGCGUGGACGUUUGGGUUCCGUUUACCCUAAUGCCAAGCCUCAUCGGUAGACCGAGGACCUCCAUUUCGUUCGUGACGACAUGUCUUACCACUCGUCACGUUGGUGGGCCUACUGCCUUAUCUUCUCGUUCGCCUGCCAGUUGCUUCUUGUGCUGCCCGGCGCGACGCUGGAGUUUCAGGCUCGCCACCUGGCUUACGCGCCAGAAGGCGAACGCAGCGAAAAGCACGAGCACAAUGGGACGUGCACCUUCCGCGGAGACCCGUACGCCUGGAACAAGUUCGUCGAGAAGGCCGCCGUGGAAUGCUACAUGUACACCAAUGGACUACGUGAAGAGUACCAGAAAAAGGUGUGCUACAAGGUCCGUUUCCCCAAGAUCUGCUUGAACUGCACGAGUGAUACGCGACCACCGAAUGAAGAGGAUUGCCACUUACCCGACAUUAACAACGAGAGCAGCCCACUGUUCUUGGCCUUCCGCACCAAGGCGAUCGGGCGUCUGUGGGCAAACUGCGUCCGCGAAGCCAUGGCCUGCUGUCAAUACAUGCUGAAAACGCCGCAGAGGACGGAGGGGGUAUAUUGCAAUCGCACGUGGGAUGGUCUCACGUGCUACGAAGAUACUGACGUUAACAGGAACGUAUCGAAGGUCUGUCCACGGGUUCUCUACAUCUACUCGAAGCCGCACUGCGAAUACUACUCAACAAGGUGGUGCCAUGAAAACGGCUCCUGGUACCGGCUGAUGAACGUUGAGCGGACCUUCUACACAAGCUGUGCGCCCAAGCCGUGGGUCAGUGGGGAGUACGUCGGCGUAUACCACUACUCCAUCGGUCUCUUCACGCUCUCGGUGUUAUCGCUGAUACCGGCAUUGUUCAUCUUCAACUGGUACAAAUCAAUACAGGUACCUCGCAUCAUGAUCCACAAGCACCUUUGCUUCGCGGUCAUGAUGUGUGGAGUGAUGUAUAUCAUCGAUCAUUCGGUCUUCACGCUGGACGACGUCAAGCCUACCAAGUACACCAAGAACCUUACUCAUUCUAACGCGUGGUGGUGCAAGCUGCUGUCGGUGCUCAACCGCUACUUCAUGGUGAGCCAAUACACUUGGAUGCUCUGCGAAGGCUACUACCUGCACCGCCUCGUGGCCCAGGCCUUCUCCAAACAGAUGAAUCUCAAACUUUGCUACAUAUUCGGCUGGGGCCUGCCAGCUGUUCUCGUCAUUAUUUACAGCAUACUUCGAGCCACGCAAUCUGACGACAGGUGCUGGAGGAACGUCAUGGUCUACGACUACGCGUUCACCGGCCCCAUACUGACUUGUCUUGCUGUCAAUAUUUUUUUCAUGAUCCACGUCAUCUACAUCCUGGUAACCAAGCUCCGACAGCGGAACGUCAGCGACACCGAAAACUUUAGAAAGAUCCUGCGCGCCGUGGUGAUACUGAUCCCCGUUUUCGGUGUACACUUCGUGUUGACCACGUUUGUGAGCCCAGCUUCAUGCACCGCUUACCUCAAGAAGCUAUACGCCGAAUGGAGCAUCGUUGGCUUGCAGGGAUUCUUCGUUUCCCUAAUAUUCUGCUACCUCAACGGCGAGAUCCAGAGCCUGAUGAAGCGCUCGUACAGCCGGUACAAGAAUGACCGCAGCAUUAGCAGGAGGCAUCGGCCAAGCAUGCCACAGACCACCACUACCACAAUGACUGCAACAACUCCCAUGUGAAGCGCCACAUCGCGCGCAUGAACACUCACAGUGCUCUUUCUGAAAAGUUUCGGGAAAGGACGCUUCGGAGGCGCUAAGUCGAGUACCCUCGUACUGACGGUCAUGUGCUCAUCAACGCUCUGUACCUCGGAUACACGCUGUCUUCAUGUGCUGUCAAGCAAAUUCGGCUAUCCUUGUGAUACAGUAUAGUACCUACAUCUGCUACAAAUGCUUCACAGCGACCGCCGUAUUGCGCAUUGCUCAUUCUGUUUUGUACCUGGUUUGCUUGAACGGUAUGCAUAAAAGAGACUGGGGGUGCCAUCAUGGAUAGUCGGAGACCACCAUGUUCAUGUUUUUAAUCGCAGGUAUAGGUGCCGCAGGAGCCUCGUGGGCUAGUUGGCUAUAGAGCAGGUGAAAUGACCAUGUUGACAGUAUGGUGCACCUUGAGAGUCUAUAGACUAGCCCUUCGGGCAUAAGAGAGAUCGAUUUCAACGUGUUCUCAUUCCUAUAACAACAAAAGAAACAACACGAAAAAAAUCUAGGGACAGAGCAUGGUGACAGGGCAGUCAGCCUCUAGCGUUGUUCUCGACGCUUACAUUUGCAAAUGCGAAGAAACUAUGAAAGCGCAUAAAGACCGGUUGGUGGAAGGUUUAGUCUAGCUGGCUGCUAGACUUACCGAUGCUUUCUGCUUGCCGCACGGUAUGGCGACCUUCCGGCUGCAUUGUGGCCUUUGGUGUGCGGCGGCAGCGACACCUGAAAUUCCGUUGCCGUGCGAUGGCGUGCACGAUUAGCUAGCCGCUUGCUAUACAACUUCCGGGUGGCACAGCAAACAAGUAAAACGGUGAAUCCACUGCGGCCGAGAUGGUCAUCAGAAACAGCCGCUUUUCAUCCCGUGCUUCCUCCAUACUUGAAGCAUAUAAACCUAACACCUACAACCACUCACUCGAAUACAGGGUAGUGAAGCGAUCCAUGCACUGGUUGUUUCCUCUCACUUUUCUAUCUUACAUAAAGACGUUCUCGUGUUACGUAGAAAAAAAUAUUAGUUGCAAUGUAUCUGUGGCAUGUAAAACGAUAGAUUACAGUUACUUCGGUUUAUUCAUGUUUUUAAAAAAAGCGACGUGGCAAUAGGUGUUUGAAAAUUGUCAAAUGUUAAACAAUAGUGUUUGAAAUGUGUAGUAAUGGCAAAAAAACAUGUAAACUGAAAUCAUGAUUUUAUCUCCAGCGAAAAGACAAGGCUGCACUGAUGACUUCAACAUGUGGAGAUGUCACUAUGCUAAAAGUUUUGAAAUUUUAGGUGGGUACCAAAGCUGCCAACUGUGUCGGCCGUACGUGCCUUGUAGAGAAUGACGUGGCAAAAGUGAGCAGUACAACUUUCCAGUCGUGCAGAAAGCGUUUGAUUCAACUGUCGCAUGUUGAGUUUUGAGGCAUAUCUUCUUCAAGCAUAUGUCACAUUCUGUCGCCCUUUUCUCUUGCGUCUAUGCCCCUCCCCCCCCCCUCAUUUUUUAUUUGAAUGAGUUAAGACAGUGACGUAGUUGUUUUUCAUAUGCAUACUCCGUUACACACAUCAUGUGCAACGCUUUGAAAGCUAUGCAAUAGGUUUGGUUUCGGUCAGCAAAGUGCAUUACUGUGCGCGCCUCGUGCUUAGAUUUCAUCAUUGUAAACGUGACCUCCACAAUUGGUUCCGGUGCGCGCUACCAAAACUAAUCUUUGAGGCCCCGCUAAGCGACCAAAACAAGCUAUUGACAACUGCAUAAAUAACACAGUUUGUGUAUUUCUAAGGCACGAAGCAUGUUGAUUUAUUACUUAGUCUAUAGACGAAAUAAAAACCAUAUCAAGCCUGGUAAAA